AUGACUGCACCUGGCGUUGCAAGCAGUGAGGUUAAAUUUUCCGCGAAUGCAGAUGGAUCUGACGAUGAAGACUAUUCGGUUAGUUUAAGUGCAGUGAUAAGACAACGACGCGCCAGCGUUCGUCGUUCCAGGAAGGGCCGAGCGAGGCGUCCAUCCUCACCUUUUCUCCCCGAAGAGACCCGCCCUCGACGCCGUUCAUCAGUGUUUACUACCAGCUCUGGAGAUACCGCAAUAUCUAUAGAUGACCAGCCUGUUGUAACUCAGGAGCAAAUCUUUGAAAAUAUUCACCUCCAUAAACAAGUGCUGAGCUCAGCUAAACAGCAACCAUUAGGAAUGCGAAGAAAAUUAAAAAUUGUCCAUCAGGCAAAAGCUUAUAUUAAGCGGCACGAAGGACAACUACAAGAAAGAUUAGCUCAGUCGAAAAGUACAAGGGACAUUUACGCAAGAUUCAAUAUACUCAUCGCAACUAAAUGGCAACAGUUAAAACGCGAAGCUGCCAAUACAUCAAAUCUACUCAUACCUUGGGAGUUACGUAUAAAAGAGAUUGAGUCACACUUCGGAUCUGUUGUCGCCUCAUAUUUCACCUUUCUGCGGUGGCUCUUUUGGAUUAACCUAGUCAUAGGUUUCAUAUUGCUGGUGUUUGUUAUAGUACCAGAGUACCUCACAGCGAAUCCUACAAUGGACGGUGAAAGAAAAAUCGUUAUGGAAGAAGACCGUCGCAACGCAACGAAUCUUCUAACACUGUGGGAGUUUGAAGGAGUCCUCAAAUAUUCCCCAAUAUUUUACGGGUAUUACAGCAAUGUGGAGCGAUCUGAGUACAAAAUGCCAUUAGCUUAUUUCCUUACUGGCUUGGUGGUCUACGUUUAUAGCUUCGUCGCCAUAUUGAAGAAAAUGGCAGAAAAUUCGCGGAUGUCUAAACUAUCUGAGAAAGAUGACGAAUGCAUUUUUUCUUGGAAAUUGUUCACUGGUUGGGACUUUAUGAUUGGAAAUACUGAGACGGCACACAACCGAAUAGCCUCAGUUAUAUUGGGAUUCAAAGAGGCUUUACUGGAAGAAGCCGAGAAGAAGAAGAAUUCGAGAAAUUGGCGAACUCUAAGUCUAAGGGUGCUGGUAAACAUCUGUGUGGUAAUCCUUUUAGCAGUAUCUGCUUACGCUGUAGUCACAGUGGUGUCCCGAUCUGACAAUAGCGAUAAAGUACCGAACUGGUGGCGCGAAAAUGAAACCACCACCGUUGUAUCAAUUAUAUCCAUAGUAUUCCCAAUAUUUUUUGAACUUCUGGGAAUUUUUGAACACUUUCAUCCAAGAAAACAACUCAGAUUACAAUUAGCAAGAAUUAUGUUGUUGAAUUUAUUAAAUUUAUACUCCCUUAUAUUUGCUCAGUUCAGCAAAAUCGAAGGAAUGAGCAGAGAAUUAGAAUCACUACAACCGACGCGAUUUAUAAAUGCCACACAUAAUAUUCAUGGGGAUCUACAAUACGAUGACACGUUUAAUCCAAGUAAAACAACGAAUUGUUUUCAAAUGCCUGUUCCAUGUCUGCCUUGCCACCUAAAGUCGCUUUCCAUGCCAAAAAGUAGCUUAAAAAAUAUUGGAACCACAGAGAGUGUUAUGAUCUAUAAAAGACAAAAUCCAAAAAAGCGCAAUAAUAGAGUGAAACGAAAUGAAAAUCAAGAUAAUGAUAUCAGUGCUCUAGAGAAGGAAAUGGAAAGGCUUAGAAAUUUAAGUAAAUAUGAAGAAACCGAAGAUAACGAUGAGAAGUCUGAAGCAGAUGAUUAUGAAUUUUAUGACUCGAGUUAUGACGAUACAGAAAUGGCCACGAUUCAAUCUUCAACAAGUUCAGUGCCGAUCGAAGACUUUACAACAUUUCCAACAUCAGAAUAUGAGAGUACUUUUGAUGAUACAACUAUUAUGGAUAUCACCAAAAAUGAUGGAGCAUCAACUACGUUUAGUUCUAGUUAUUCAAUUACCGAUGGAUACUAUAAAUCUGAAACAACUAUCAGCGAAGAAAAUUUUUCAUCAUCCUCAAUUUCCUAUGUUUCAACUUCAACACAAUCGCUUGAAGUCGAUGAUGAUGAUAGCUCCACGACAACUAGCUUAACCGCAAAUGACAAAAAAGCAAAUCAAACAGACUUAAAUUUUAGUACUGAAAGUAUGAGUGAAUCAAUAGAAACGAUUACUAAUAACAACUCCUGGAAGACACCAGAAGGAGAGGAGGUUCAUCGUCAAUUGAUAAUACGCCAUUCGGGAGGUGGAAAAAAGGCUCUACCUUCAUUUCCAAUAAACAAAUCAAUUGAUUCUGAAGAUAGGAAAACAAGUUUGGAUGAAAAUAACCCUAAUGAUGCAACAAAAGCUAAAAGAAAAGGUAUAUUUGCCAAAAUAGUCAGUUUAGCUCUAGACAAAAAAUCGACAGGUAGAACUCAGUCAGAGACCUCACAAGACCAGCACAAUGGUGACGACACCGAUACUGAUUUUCAUGAAGCCCUACCUAAGGUCAUGUUAAAAAUAAAAGCUAUAACGGUAUCAAAAAAGCACGAUAUUAAAAAUCAAUGUUCAAUUAUGUUCGAUAAAACAAAAGUUUUUGAUACUCACAAAAGCAACAUAAAAGAAGGCAUAGUUGCGCUGGAUGAGGUCGAUAUGGAAAAACCUAACCAAGAAGAAAAAGAGGACCAGAAUAAGGAAAGAAAGCUAAGUAAGAAACAAACAUCCCAAUCUAGCAAUCAAUCAAAACAAUCGGAUUCAAUAAGUUCUGUUAUACCUGUUAUCACGAUAAGUACAACGGAAAGUGACGAAGAAAUACUCCAGCACAGCAAAACAGAAAAUGUUAUCUUCACUUCGACGCCUAAAGAAAGACCAGAAGUUAAAAGACAGGUUAAAGGGGAAACUUUGAAAAAGAUGCAACGCCAGAGCAGUGUGGAAAGUAUAAAUGAUAAGUCAUCGAUUAAAGAAGGCGGUCACAAGUACCAGUAUUCCCUUUAA